CACAAGUGUUGCACCUCACACUGUCAGACUCUGUGUGGGCCACUCUAAUGUAGUUCUAGCCACAAAGAACCCAGCUGAAUGUUUUCUUUUUUGGCUUUUGACUCGACUGGACUACUACGCAGGAACCUCUAUGUGUGAAGAUUAUGAGUGAGGUGGUUUGCACAAAGACCCAGGAGGAAUAUGAGGACGACUUCGAGAAGGAUCUGGACUGGCUGAUCAGCGAGGAGGGCCGGAGUGAAGACCAGGGACCUGACUAUGAUGAGAUAGAAGCAGAAAUUGACAGAGAAUUGGAAGAGGAUGAGAAACAGCAAGGGAUGAAGAGAAAGCAGAAAAAGUGCAAGCAGGAGAAGAAAGGAAACCAAGCAGAGGAGGUAGAUGAGGAUGAAGAGAGGUGGCCCUCACCUAUGGAGCCUUUCGAGUAUGACUCAGACAGAGACAGUCCAAACAAGGCAUCAGCUGUAGUCCCGCCUCCUCCAGACGAUGAGCAGACAGAGGAGGAGAAGAAGUACAUCCAAGAGAAGAUCCAGCGGGCAAAUCAGGAACUGCAAGAUCAGGAAGCUCCGGAUAUGAUGCGGCGCAGGCGACUACAUUUUAAAGAGAUGCUGGUGGACCUGGUGGUGCCUCCUCUGCAGUUUGAGAAAGAUGGUGAGGCUGAAGGAGCAAAGAGCAGCAAAGACAAAAGUAAAGAUUCUGAGUCAGAGACUGAAGUGUCAGGGAAGCUUUCUGAACUCAAACUUUUCCCAAGGGAGCAAAGUGCAAGAUCUGGAGGAUCUACAGGAGGGCAGGGGGUGAAGGAGGGCAGAGUCCUUGUAGAAAAGGAUGGGAAGUUUGACCUGGUUAGCUUAAAGGAGGUGGAGAGUCAAGGACUUCUUCCUCCCAUAGCAAACAGUGACCAUGCACGUUCACCAACACAGACUGAAAGCUCAGGUAGAUCUCCAAAGUCCUCCUCUUCUCCUGGUGUUAUUUCCUCCCCCCUCCAGCACAGCAGGGAUCCCCCUCAUGCCCCCAGACCUCCAGCUCAGCCCAGGAACCGGCCCAGCUCGGUGUCUCACAGCCAGAGAGGUGGAAGCCAGAGGAACAGCAGCAAUAACAAGAGACGGGUGCAGUCUGCCACCGGGACGCCCUGCCAGGCCACUUACACUCUCUCCCCCCAGCAGAAGGAGCUGGUGCAGAGGAUCCAGGAGAGGAAGGCAAAACUGGCCAGAGAGGCUGAGCAGAGGAAGCGUGAGGAGGAAGAGCUGAAGAGGCAGGAGAACGAACUGGCGUUUAAGGCCUGGAUGUUGAGGAAGAGAGAGCAGCUUCAUGAGGAGAAAAGGAUCCACAAAGCCCAGGAGAUGGAGAGGAUGAGUUCUAAGAGAGAGUCCUAUGACCCUGAGGAGUCAUUCCGGUCGUGGCUUCAGAGGAAACAGGAGCAGCAGCAGAAAGAGAAACAGCUGCAGGAGAUGAAGAAGCUUGAGGAGGACAGUGGUUACCUCUUACGUAGCCGUGAGGAGUGUGAACGUGCCUUUAAAGUGUGGUUGAAGAGGAAGCGGGUGGAGAAGCGAGCGGAACAGCAGGCAGCUCGAGAACGCUCUCGCAGGUUGGUUCUCGAGGAACGCCGUGCACGGCGCAUGAGAGACCUGAUGUGUACUGUCAAUGAAAGCAAACCAUUCAGAUUUACUGAACAGCUGGCUUAUCGCUACUGAAUCAAGGACACCAAAGGCAGUCACUCAGCCAGUAUGACCCUCAUUUAUAAAAAAGGAUUUUCUACAGCUAAUGCUCAGCUAUUGCUGAGGGUUUGGUUUGUUUAUUUUAUAUUCCUAUUAUGUGUUCGAAAAGCAUUUACCACAGUGACCUCUACCAAGUGUUACCAUACCUGGGUAAAUAGUACAUCAGAAUUAUUUUAAAUCUUUUAAAAUGUGUUGUAGUUUUUAAAUUUUGUGUAGUGAUGCACCUUACUUCAAAUGGAGCUCUAAACCUGCUGUACUUUGCAGCUUUAACGCUAGAGCUGAACCAUUUGUGACGGUUUGCCUUUUUAUCCCAGUGUUACAUAAUUAUACAAGAUUACAUUCACUCAGUUUUGUAACAGGCACUUUGAAGGAGUGGAACUGUGAAAGAUUUACAUAAUGAGCUAAAGUACUAUUAGAAAUGUACCUGAACAAGAAACAAACUAAAGACAACAUUUUGAUCAGCUUCUUCAUGUAAAUGUAAUUCUUACUUGAUUAAGUAAGAACAAAUGACUUGUAAUUUAAUAUUGACCAAUAUGUCAUGAAUAAAUAAAGCAGAA